GGCCGGAGGGAGGAGACGGUGCCCGAGCGCCACAGGAGUAUGACGGGGCUGUACGAGCUGGUGUGGCGGGUGCUGCACGCGCUGCUCUGUCUGCACCGCACGCUCACCUCCUGGCUCCGCGUUCGCUUCGGCAUCUGGAACUGGAUCUGGCGGCGCUGCUGUCGCGCCGCCUCCGCCGCGGUCCUAGCGCCGCUCGGCUUCACGCUCCGCAAGCCCCCGGCCGUCGGCAGGAACCGGCGUCACCACCGGCACCCGCACGGGGGACCGGGACCGGCCGCCACUCACCCCCGGCUGCGCUGGCGCGCGGACGGCCGGUCCCUGCAGAAGCUGCCGGUGCACAUGGGCCUGGUGAUCACCGAGGAAGUGCAGGAGCCCAGCUUCUCAGACAUCGCCAGCCUCGUGGUGUGGUGUAUGGCCGUGGGGAUCUCCUACAUUAGUGUCUACGACCACCAAGGUAUUUUCAAGAGAAAUAAUUCCAGAUUGAUGGAUGAAAUUUUAAAACAACAGCAGGAACUUUUGGGCCAAGAUUGUUCCAAAUACUCACCAGAGUUUGCAAAUAGUAAUGACAAAGACAGUCAAGUUUUAAAUUGCCCUUCGGCAGUGAAGGUGCUGUCCCCAGAAGAUGGAAAAGCGGAUAUUUUGAGAGCUGCCCAGGACUUUUGCCAGUUAGUAGCCCAGCAGCAGAGGAAGCCCACAGAUCUGGAUGUAGAUCUGCUAGACAGCUUACUUAGUUCACAUGGUUUCCCUGAUCCUGACUUAGUGUUGAAGUUUGGUCCUGUGGACAGCACACUAGGCUUUCUUCCCUGGCAAAUCAGAUUGACUGAGAUCAUCUCUUUGCCUUCUCACUUAAACAUCAGCUAUGAGGACUUUUUCUCCGCCCUUCGGCAGUAUGCAGCUUGUGAACAGCGUCUGGGAAAGUAAUGGUCCCCGGUUGCAUAAUUUGACUUCAGGCUUUUGGAGAAAAGGACCCAAGUGACCCUGAUGUUUACAAAGUACCUAUAAAACCCUGUACACACCUAGUUCAUAUUCUUCAUAAUUUAUCAACAAACACAAAAAAGUGUCUUACUUGAGAGCGAAUGAGUGUGUGUGUGUGUGUGUGUGCACGUGUGUAUGGAAAUAAAUUUAUAAAUGGGGGCACAUUGGAGAAUGGAGUACAUAGACUGGAGGUCAGGCAAGUAGCAACAGUGUGUGUCUUAGGAACUGAGAUUUCAGGCAUAGAGGCUUCAGUUCCUGCUACCUCCCUGUUUGUCUGGGGAGUAGAGGCUGUGAGUAGGACUGAGUUAGUGGUCUGUGGUGGGUGGAGAUAAUUUUUGUUCAGUCUUUUAGUGACCAAACUUUAAUUUCUAAGAAUAAUAUAUUGACAUACUAAGGGGAAGUGUUCUCAUUUUGAGUGACAUUCACAGGCACUGGAUGUUCAUGUUUGCUUACCUGCCGAGCAAAGGGAACGUCCAUCCUCAGAUUUCCGUCCGUUUCAUUUCUUCAUUAGAGUAAACAGUGUGACUUGAGAGGAUUAGUCUGGUGUCUGUUCUGGGUUAUAGAGAUUAUUUGAAAAAAAAAAUCUUACAAUAUUUGAUGUACAGAAUAUAAAAUGUUUAAAUAUUGAAUUAGGCACUCAAAAACCAACAAAGUGAAUAAACAGUCAUCUUAAAGAUGGAAAACCUCUUAAAGUACAGUUUUGAUUUCCUUCUUUGUGUGAAGAGUUGUGUGGAGAGCACCCAAAGCAUUUAAAAAUAAACAUCGGAGAGAAGUUACCAAGGCAGCUCGUGUCCUCAGAAGUAACCUGUUCCUCUUGAGUGGCACCUGGGAUUUUCUUCUCCCAGUAAAUCUCAGUGACAACGUCUUGAUGAUUAAGGAGGAUGGAAGCCUGGAUUACCAAAGUCUGUAAGCGUAAUUGAACUUGGUCUUCUGUGUUCCAGAAAACAGUACUGCUUCUGACAGAAUUGAAUUCUUGAUAAAUGGUUAAUGUUUUUUUCUCACACUGCUAGUCUUUGGAUGGAAACCAUUCUUUAUACUUGAUGGACAGUUUUCAGAAAACUUUUAUCAACAGGUGUACAAGAGUCGUGUACAUUUAGAAUAGAGCAGUUUAAAUACUAGGCCUCAGAAAUCUGAAAAAAGAUAGCAAAGAAAUGGGUUUGGAACAUAUGGUCUGGAAUUGCUUGUCAGACUCUGAAGAUGUGUUUCAGGUUUGGAUUACAAACCCCAUUUAUGAUUUUUAAAUAUACUUGAAAUAAAACAAUUAAAAUGAAUUUUGGUCCAGUGACAUUACUUUGCACUUCAGGGUUUUGUUUUUUUUUGUACAAAAUUUUAAAGACUUAAUUUAUUGCCAAAAUUUUGUGUAAAGCUACAGUGUAUCUAAAGGUUGUUAGAGAACUCCCCAUUUCUGUUACCCUGUGCUGUGUGUGGUCUGUGUUCCUCUGGUUUUAUUCCCUCUGAGGAUAGGGAAGGGGCGGAGUGGUGUGUAAUUUAAGGCAAUUUAAGGCCUUUUAUAAACACAGUAGGUAUAAAUGUCCUUUAUAGACCUUCCGGGAUAUGCACAGCUUUAAUGAAUUAAAUUUACUGGACUCAAUUGAAAUAAGAGGACUCAAGGUUUGUUAUAAUGAAGUUUGUCAAAUUACCCUUUGGAAUAGACCCAAAAUCCUAGAGUUGAGUUUUUAUACUUUCUUCCACACAACAAAACAAAUCUGUAGCCUCUGACCCAAGACUUGUUGUGGCCUUAGGAACAAUUGCUUAAGUAAGUCAGGUGUUUUGAAUUUAAAUAUAGGCCUCCAGGAUCUUCUCAUAUGAGGUCACUGCUAAUGUAAUCUCUACACUGCGAAAAGCACUCAUCACUUUUCAGUUUCUUCCAAGAUUAUCCCAGGUUGGAUAUCAUCAAAACUCUUUGUACUCCCAAAAAACUUCGUGUUCAUGUGUAUCAAAGAGUGUUUCCUUUAAACUGUUUCUCCUUGACACACUCCACAAUGGCAAAGGCUCCAAGUCAAACCUACUCAGCAGAUGACACGGGGCAUAUGAAGAAAUGGAGGGAUUAACUUCGUUCUAAAGUCUGAUUGUUAUUUCUCCUUAAAACUGAACAGUUAUUGUUUGAAGUUGAAAUGCUGAUUAUAAUGUGAAUAGCAAAUUCUGGUAUGUUGUGACUAAGGCUUAAGAAUGCCUAUUUCUGACAAUAAAAUGUUCCAAUAUUAAUGAACAGUGCCAAAUACACUGUGCAUAUCUAUAAUUUUCCAUUUGAAUGUAUGUUAAUUAGUUACUCCCUUCUAUGUGAUGGUCCCAUGCUUAGAAGUCAGUGAAGUCAUUGUGAUGUUUGUUAUGCUUGUAGAUUUUGGCAACUUGUAAAUAAUGUGUAUAGCAAGUUUUUAUGAUUAAGGAAUCAAAUUUAUUGAAUUUUAUUAUUGAAAGUUGAAAUAAGAUGUAUGAACAAAAAAAUCAAUAAAAGAAUAUACUCUUUUCA